AUGCAAGGCGGCCGCAAGCAGGAAAAAUGGAUUGAGAUACAAACCCAACUCGAGAAAGAAGAAAUUGACGUGUACGCCCUGACCGAAACCCACCUGAGAGAUAUGGAGGAGCCACCAGUGAUGGAUGAUUACGUAUGGGUGGGUUGCAACAGGGCAGCGGGAGAAAGGAAAGGUGGAGGCGUGGCCUGCGAGACGUGCCUCAUCGUCGCCCACAUCGAACCGGCGUUGCAAGCUACGGAGAUGCUUGUAUCUGUGGUGGUUACAGAGGAUCUGUCCGUUUCCGUGUAUUUUAAGUGCGCUCCGUUGGUGUCGGAUGAUGUGUGCAUUCCUGACGAAGUCCGUGAUGUCCGUGUGCUGGACAACCUUCUAGACAGCGUGGAGCGAUAUUGUGAAAAGAAGGCCCGUCAACAGGAGGACAAGGUGGGAGGAGUGCUUAGGCUUGUUUUAUCCUUGCUGGAUGACAUUUGUGAUGAUGAGCUGCAUGAUGAUGAGAGGGCUGACGCACUAAUCUUCCUGAAGGAGCAGUGCAAGCUGCUGACAAAGAAGAGUAAUGGCGUGCGGUAUUCUGCAGAGCUUUUAGUCUUUAGCAGUAUAUUGCACACAAUUUCUCCACAUGCUUACAAGUUUUUUCGCCACAGCAACAAGCUUGUCUUGCCGCAUGACACUACCAUCAAGCGAGUUUGUGCUGCACAUGAUGUGAGCCCAUCGAAAGAGCAGUGCGAAGAAGGUUUUCCGAGGUACAUUAAGCGCAGAGCAACCUUUCUGAAGCCUCAUGAAAAAAAUGUGACUGUCAUGCUUGAUGAAAUACACCUGCAACAGUUUUUUGAAUAUAAAGGUGGCUGCCUAACAGGGUUUGCUGUGCAUUGUGCGGAACCAGCAAAGACAGCGCACGUGUUCAUGGUACAGUCUUUGCUUUCAUCUUAUAAAGAUGUUGCUCAUAUCAUUCCGGUAACUCGUAUCACAGCAACGGAGCUGCAUGAUGUUCUAAAGACACUAAUCAUGAGGCGAAAGUGCUGGUCUGCAUGUUGUUGCGGUCGUAACAGACAACAAUGCCAUAAACAAGAAAAUGAUGUCUCUGUUUAG